CCCGAUCACAUAACUCUCUCCGAUAGCAAUAGUGGUAUAUCCUUGAUUGCUGGCUCGCCACGAGACACCUACUGCAGCCAUGUCGAUAGCGCCUCUCAUCACCUUCAAAGCCGGCCUCUGUGAUCUUGAUACCUCUGUUUCCCCGCCAAGAGUAAAACCUAAGCCCGCUCCUGGCUAUAUUUACCUCUAUUUAGAAGAUGACCUGGUACACUUUUGCUGGCGUCGACGAUCUGCGUCGCUCGAUGAACCAGAGCUAGAUUUGGUCAUGGUCCCAUCCGAUGGAACUUUCACCCCGUACAACCCCACCAGUGCACAAAACUCGUCUAACACCAACAGACCCACCAACGGAAGAGUAUAUGCGCUGAAAUUCUCAUCCAGCUCGCAGAGACACCUUUUUUGGCUUCAAUCAGGUAGCCAACAUCCGAAUGGAAACCCAGCUUGGUUCAGCACAAGGGACCUAGAAGUGGGACGGAUCGUGAACGCUUUACUACAAGGCGAGGACAUCGAUGUUGCCCAUGCCAUCUCCAACCUCCCUCGGAAUAGUCACGAUGGCAACGGGGGUGAUGGUGAUGAAACCAUGGAGGAUGUCGAAGGCGCAGACCACAAUCCGAUUCACCGAAGAGGGGGCAGCGGUGGCGCGGGACCGGGUGCUACUGGAGGAGACAUCCGGGAAGAGGGCCAGGAGUCGCGGGAAGGCGGAGCGGACGGUGGAAGAGCCGCAACUACCUCGUCAGAUCCAUCCUCGGUUAUCCAAAACCUCCUCAGAUCUCUCCAACAAUCCGGAAAUCAACAGUCGGGGUCAGAAACGACCGACAACCUAUUCACAACACUUUCAGAUCUCCUCCAACCCUCAUCAACGCUUCCAUUCAUUGAAUCAGCGGACUCUGAAGCGGCCAACCAUCUCCUUAGCUUUCUUCCUACAUGUCUCCUCUUCCUUUCGCAAUCAAACAUCGAUGAAAUACCCAAUAACAUCGAGCCUGGCUCCGAAGCCGCGAAAUCUGCAAUGCAAACCUUGACUCUUGAACAAAAACGAGAUAUCCUUAGGAGGGUUUUACGUUCCCCGCAAUUCACGCAGAGCCUUGGUAGCCUCACUGUUGCCUUGCGCGAUGGUGGACUACCUAGCAUCAGCGAUGCGCUGAAAAUCCCAGUGGCAAACAACGGGUUUAUGCGCCAUGGUGGGGUCCCACUUGGAGGAGGAGAUGCCGUUCGCGCAUUUCUAGAAGGGGUCAAGAGACAUGUUGAAGAGGCGAGCAAGAGUGGCCAGGAUAAAAUGGAAACAGACUAG